AUGAAUACAAGUGAAUUCGAUCAAUCAAUGAUAAUAAUUCAAUCAUGGUUUAUUCCAUUAGAUAUAAUACAUGUGAUAUGUUGUAGUUUAUCCAUAAUACUUCCUGUUAUAUAUUUGUUUAUUAUAAUAAUUGAUAAAACAUAUGUAAGAAUAUCGAUGAUACAUAUUGUUAAUUCAUGUUUAUCUGAACUUGGAGUUGGAAGUGUUAUGUUUGAUACUGCAUUAUUUUCAUUAAAAAAUGAUCUUAAACAAAUUCAAAUUAAAGAUUCAUUUUGUAAAUUUCGAGCUUAUUUUGGUUAUGUUUUCGUCACCAUAGUUAAUUGUUCAUUUCUAUUACAAGCUUUACUUAGAUAUACCACUGUUAUUUAUCCGACACAUCUAUUUUGA